AUGGUGCGGUGGUACGCGCCGUCGGACGUGUACGACGUCACGAAGAAAGGCACGCGGCUGCGCGUGGACGGGACGCUCCGCGGCGCGGAGGAGCCGCCCGAGGAUGGAAAGGCGCCGAUAUUUCCAAAGUGGAAGCGCGGCGACUUUUCGUUGCUCUUCGACGGCGACGGCGACGGCGACGGCGGCGGCGGCGGCGGCGGCGGCGACGCGACCACCGCCGGUCGGUUGUUCUUCGUCGACCACGUCAAGAGAGAAGCGAUCGACGCGACGGACGAGGACGAGGACGAGGCGACGUCGGAGGAAUACUUGAAACGCGUCGACGAGCUCGCCGCGCGGAUGAUCAGAGAGGGCGCGGUGAAACACGAGGCUCGCGCGGACGACGUCAAGUUUAGGCCGGCGAAAUCUUUGUUCAGUCGCGGGGGGAUAAAACGCGACACGGUCGACGGGUGGAAGACGCAGGUGUGGGAGUGCGUCGGGAAGAUCCAGAAGAAGGUGGUGCACCGCGGCGGGAGCUUUAAGACGGACGGGAGCUUCGAGCAGUACCUCGCGAGCGCGCGCGAAGGCACCGCAGUGGUGGAGACGGAAUUCGACGAGUAUUACGACGACGGCGGCGACGACGACGGCGACGGGGGGGAGCCGUUCGACGAGGACGCCGCGUUGAGGGCGUGGAACGACGCGGUGAGGGAGGCGGAGGAGGGAGGCGCCGGGCCGCCGGUGAUCCGAGCGGAGGAGGAGGAGGAGGAGGAAGAAGAAGAAGAAGAAGAACCGCCGCCGCCGCCGCCGCGAAAAAAACCCGCGGCGGCGGCGAAAGCGAAACCGACCCCGCCGCCGACCGACGCGCGAUCGCGAGAUCUCGAGGACACGAAACCGCGCAAGGUAUCCGCGAAGUGCUGGCUCGCGGAGUCGUUCCCCGUGACGAUCGCGGACGUCCUCCCCAUCCUCGACGUCGUCUCCGUCGUGAACAAGCCGCUCAAAAAAGCCCGCGAGAUGGCCACGGUCUUCGCCGCGGAGAAGGAGCACCUCUUCCCCGUGAAGAUGCUCGCGCCGGUGAUGAUGUCAGUGUACGCCGUGAUCAAGUUCAAAGCGUUCACGACGUUGCGACCCGAUCACGAGUGCGAGGAAGAGGAGCUCGACGCGAUCGAGUCGCAGCGACCGCCGGACGCGUGCCACGUCAGACGGUUUGAAAUACCCGCCGGGUACGCGCGGAAGGUGCGUUCUAUACACUGGUUCCCAUACGACCGCGUUCGCGUGGUGAACGCCGAUCCUUAA